AUGUCUUCAAGUCUCUAUCAGGCAUCAAUGGCUGAGUCAGUUGUCGAACAAGUUCCUACGGAUGGUGGGUCCUACUCCGGUUCUCCGGACCCAGCCGAGUCCGCUAUCGAUGACUUUCAGCAGCUGAACCACACAUCAUCUACAGAGAUGUUAGAACAAUACUCAGUGCUUUGGAAUUUCUACAUGUCGGAGAAAGCUGAGCUUCACCGUAUUCAGACGGAGAUGAAAAUCCUUCGUUCUGUCAAUGCUCAGCUAUGCCUUCGGUUGCAAAUUGCGGAACGAGACUCGUACAACCAAAAGGCAUUUUUAGCGUACUCCGAGCAGCGUUUCGCAAAUCUUCGGGAAAACCUUAAAAAUAUCCUCCAAUGUGAAGACAAUAAUUAA